UCCCCUCUCCUCUCCCCUCCCUCUCUCUCUCUCUCUCCCUCUCUCUCUUUUCUCUCUCCUCUGGCUUUUUCCGGGCUUCAUGUCAUACCACGGCUAAUUCCUGAAAUUCCUGCCCUCCUCUCGCUUCAAACAAACGGCUUUAAGGAAGCAGACGAGGCAGCAGAAAACAAACAAAGGGGCAGAAAAAAAAAGACAAGAAAGAGGAAAGGAGAAGCCCGGACUGAGGAGGAGAGUCACUUCAUUCAUUUUCAGAAAGAAAACAAUAUUUAGAAAGUCAGGAGAAAAGAAAUAAGAUAUUGCUGCACCUGCGUCGGGCCUGUUGCUCCGGGUUUGACCUCCCGCAUCCAGCCGCAUCACCACCUUCACACCUGUGGAUUCCAAACAGGCAGAUCCAAUCACUGCUGCCUCGUCUCUCUACGUCCACCCUCACCUCCCCAGCUCCCCUGACCCUCCACCCUCCGCUGCUCUGUGGUCCCCUUCCUGAUCUCCCACCACGUCUGCGGAGUGGUCGACGGCUCCCUCCCCCAGGGGCGGGAGUGAGGAGCUGGGGGACGGACUCGACAAACCCCUGGAGAAUGAUGCGGAGGGCGUAUGGAGCCCCGACAUCGAGCAGAGCUUCCAGGAGGCACUGGCCAUCUACCCUCCCUGUGGCCGCAGGAAGAUCAUCCUCUCUGAUGAGGGCAAGAUGACGAAAUGAGCUGAUUGCACGCUACAUCAAACUCCGUACGGGGAAGACGAGGACCAGGAAGCAGGUGUCCAGUCACAUCCAAGUCCUGGCCCGACGGAAGGCCAGAGAGAUCCAGGUGAAGCUGAAGGUACGCUACGAUUCCUACCAACAUCUGGGGCAAUGGAACUGCUGAUGAAAAUUAGCCUGUCAGCUAACUUGGUGGCCUUUACAUUUGUAUGAAUGUUGAUUAAUGUACAUUCUCUCUUUACAAAUAAAGAAUGAAUUAAUUGAAAAAAAAUGUUUGUGUAACCUUGCUUAACAAAAGUCAGACAAACAAAUGCAGAUGAAAGGAUAAGCCUUGGCGGAGGUAAACAAAUCUGAAUAACAUGAAUACUUCUCCAUGGACAGGGUAACAUAGUUUUUUAUCUGUGAUUGUAAGCUGAUAAAGAAAGUCCUUGUCAAUAAGUGUGAUUAGUAUGUUUCAUCUUUCAGGGUUAUAGAUCAUAAUCAAACCAUGUUGCCUGCAUUUGAAUGUUUAUUAUUAUCAUGGCUUUAAUCCAGUUGAGCAGCCGGAAUGUUGAAAACAUUCUAACUCUAUAUUAUCUCCUCUCAUAUUGAAAUUUGGUGUUUUGUUAAAGGUAUUUCAACAUCCAUGGCCCCUGCUCUGCCAUGGAUUCACAUUCCGUUAACACAAAGGCACAAGCCACUGGCUGUUUUAAUUGCAAUCUCUAAUUGACGCUAGUUGUAAAUGGCAUGCUUAUACAUUAUGAUGAAAUGUGAACAUUGCUCCGGCAGCCCGGGGCUUACUGUGCACAAUCACGAACAAGACCAACCAAACACAAUUGUCAGGGAACAAAUUAAUCCCUGCAUUAUUCCUUCCAGAUAUUACAUGUAUGGUAAGUAAAGCAAUAAAAGUUUUUCCCGUGUAGUACGCUGAGAGCUUACACAUCCCCUUCCCCCCAGUACUUUCUCAGUUUACAUUGCUCAUCCGCAUACCCGCACACAACAGGACUCUCCCUCACCUUGGACGGUGGCCAGGAGGGUUCAGCUGGCAGAGGCCUGCAUUGGUCACAGGGUUUGCCCCCUGUCACGGGCUUUUUUUAAAUACAUCUUUGGUGUAACUGAGAUCCCUGCCACAUGUACCCCCCAUAUUUCAGCUAUGCCCUUGUGUUAGCCAGUUCUUGGAAGAAGAAUGCUCUCUGUGGCCUUGCCCAUUAGGGCGGCAAGUGUUUGUUGUCCUCUGUGGUUUGGAAACUGCUGAAGGAGUGGAUUCGAAAACAAGAGCUGUAUCACUUUACCGCACGGCACAAGAGCAACAGUUUUCUAGCACUCACCUGUUUUCAACUAUUUCCGAUGGCAUUGUCAUUGCACAGCUUCGAUAAUGAUGAGCAUAUUAACAUAUCACCACUGUUGCCUGCCUCGUCUUCCGAUUGGACCUACAACAGAAGCUAGUUGUCAUCACAGGCUUGCCAGUGCCAAAGCAAUAAACUUAACUCUUGACCCAAAGGCCCUUGACUGUAAUAUCACCUUCUCUCCAUCUCUCUGCUUGGCAGGGAUUCACCGAUGAUGCAAGCUGGCCUCAGCCCUCCGUUUCCCCUUUUAGGGCUCGGCUUGCGUUGCUGGACCAGGCCGCCAAAGACAAGGCCCUGCAGAGUAUGGCCACCAUGUCCUCAGCCCAGAUCCUCUCACCCACGGCCUUCCAGAACAAGAUGGCUCUCCAAGGCCUGGCAAGGCCACCGUAUCCGACAACCGGUGGGUUUUGGCACGGGGCACUUCCAGGACAGCCAGGCGGCCAUGAAGACAUUAAGCCCUUCUCCCAGCAGAGUUACGCCAUGCAAGCGUCCGGCCCGGCCCCCAUAACAGGUUAUGAAAGCACAGCGGGGCUCUCCAUGUCUCCCAGUGCCCCUCCUUGGCAGGGUAGAUGUAUUGCCAGCUCUAAGCUGCGGAUGCUGGAGUUCUCUGCCUUCCUGGAACAACCUCAGGACCCAGAGACUUUCAACAAGCACCUGUUUGUGCACAUCGGCCAGUCCAACCCAAGCUACAGCGACUCUUAUCUGGAGUCAGUGGACAUCCGGCAGAUCUUCGACAAGUUUCCCGAGAAGAAAGGAGGCCUGAAGGACCUGUUUGACAAAGGGCCACACAACGCUUUCUUUCUCGUCAAGUUCUGGGCGGAUCUUAGUAUAAACCUGCAGGAUGACAGCAGCUUCUUCUAUGGCGUGUCCAGCCAGUACGAGAGCUCUGAGAACAUGGUUAUCACCUCAUCCACCAAAGUCUGCUCCUUUGGCAAGCAGGUGGUGGAGAAAGUGGAGACGGAGUACGCACGCUUUGAGAAUGGACGCUACGUGUUUCGGAUCCACCGCUCCCCGUUGUGUGAAUACAUGAUCAACUUCAUUCACAAGCUUAAACACCUGCCAGAGAAGUACAUGAUGAACAGUGUACUGGAGAACUUCACCAUCCUACAGGUGGUGACCAACAGAGACACACUGGAGACCCUGCUGUGCGUGGCCUACGUCUUUGAGGUGUCCACGAGUGAGCACGGCGCACAGCAUCACAUUUACAGGCUAGUGAAAGACUGACACAGUCGCACACAGUCGGACCUUACCUUCGACAGACCCACUGUAGCACCUCAGUGAGCAACAACACUAAACAAUGGACUAUGCUUCCUCCGUGAGCUUACAGAGCUGAAACCUUACAACCCGGUCGGGAGCCCAGAGAGACACCGGCCCUCUGUCGACGUGCCCAGCAACACGACCUCUGCUGAGGAAGACGUGGGAUUUGAGACUGCAGAAGCUGAAGUGGGCUUUGUGGGAGAAAGUAAACAGAAGAGGACCAUGAUACACUGUGGUCCCUGUGCCAAAGGAGCCAAACCUACAGCCAACAAGACCUGCAUGAGAGAGUUGUCUUAGGUGGGGUUUUUCAUCUCAUCUUAUUAGUGCUUGUUUUUUUUUUGGUUUUACAUUAUUUUACACACGUGCAUGUGCAGAAAGGUGUUUGCUGCAGAGGAGUCCGGCUGCCUCAGGAUGCCACCUAGUGACUUAAAUAUGAAUAACAAUGGGGAAAAGCGAUAUGAAAUUAAACCGAGAAUCCCUCCUUUGCACAUCCAUACCAAUGUCACUGUUGUUUUGGUGCCAAUCUUUUGUGUUAUUUUGUGUUUGAGUAAUUAUGUACAGUGCCACAUCCAUCUCCUCUACACAGAGCUAUGAAAAGAAGAGGCUAAAAAAAGAUUUUAAAGAGCUAUUGUAUUCACUUUGUUUGAUGUUUUAUGUUCUAUGUUUCUUCUAUUGUCUUACUGUUUUUGAUUGAGAGCUAUCUGACUACAACAAAAGGCACAUAAUAACACUGCUAACUUGAACCAGACCCUGGAUCUGUAAACUGAUUACAGAAGUCCUCUGUGACUGUAACUUGCCCUGAAGUGUCAGAUAUAAAAUACAAGUGUUUCUUACGUAA